UUCACUGAACUUGACUGCCUUCAGAACUUACAUCAUGAUCAUUUUGACUCUGUUCAUCUUCAAUCUCUUGGCAGAAGUGCCCAUUUGGGCAAAAGUUGUUGAUGAUUUUGAUGAGUGCAGUAAAUUCUUUUAUAAGGGCAAAGAACCACAGGGCAUGGAUCAAAACGGCAAGAAAAUCUGCCAGCAAUACGAGAAUGGUGGGAAUUUCUAUGCUUCUCUUUAUUCAACCUUCCACAAGAUUCCUGUGUACAGCGCCUACACCUUUGAUCCAACCUGCAGCAACCAUGAUGGAGAAAAGAGCGGUUUCUGGUUCAUUGAGCCUCAGCUUUCUGGUUUCUCCGCGGACUCAAUGCAACCAGAGAAGAAUUACGACAGAGAUGCAAUAAAAUCCAAACAAGCUGUGAAUGAUGACUACAGCAACACGGGCUAUGACAGAGGGCAACUCAACCCGAAUGGUUUCCAGUGUAAUGAAGGCCGUGCAGCUACAUUCACGCUGACCAACAGUGUGCCAAUGGGUGCUUGCUUCAAUCCUGUCCACUGGAAACACUGGGAAGGAGCUGUCAAGGACAUUUUAAAAGCCCAGCCUAAAGGAGGAACUGCUUACCUGGUAACAGGAACUGUACCUUCAGUAGAUGACAGGAUACCAAAUCAAGGGGAAUUUGAUGCUCCUACCACAAGAGAUUACCAGAGAGUCACUGUUCCUACACAUGUCUGGACAGCUGUGUGUUAUAAGCAUAAUGUCAAUGAGGAACUGUCCUUUUCAUUUGGCUAUAUAGGGCUAAAUCAGCCUGACAGUAGAAUAAAUGUGAAGACUGUACCACAACUUAAUAAUCAGCUGUCUACUCUUUAUCAAAUAUCUGAAGUAAAAAUUUUCAUAGAUGACUGUUUUUCUGAGAAGCGUAAAACCGAGGACAUUGUGAUUUUACAAGAAAAUCCAGCUACCUAUGAUUCACGGACUGGUCAUGUCUAAUAAUGUUCUGAAUACAUUUCACAUUGCCAUGAGCCAGUCUGACGAUACAGGGCAAACGCCUUCAAAGAGACCAAAGGUAACAGAGGUCACAAUACUUGAAUCUUUCGACAGCCUGGAGACUUGGUUUGAAAAGACAGAGAGCAUGAAAUAUGUGUCUGGGUUGGCUUGUGUACUGUCCCAGCCAUUUACUGGGCCCAUUAAGAGAUUGAGCAGCACACGGAUUGGGAUAAAAGUUUCCACUGAUGAUUCUAAAGAGCUGGUUUGCAGCCUCGUUCCAGAGGAGGUAUCAACCUGCACUACCUCUUGCAUGUACAAUGUAGACGCUAGAGGUUAUUAUUGCUACUAUGGCAUUACACAGAGAUCAUGUUCUCCUAUGUAUUCCAUAAUAACAGUCAAAGGAACCAAGUGUAACAGUGACCACACCUGUGGAACACAUGGGUAUGACUACUACUGGUGUUAUGUAGGCAGUUCAUGGGAGUAUUGCAGUCCCCCCUUACCGAUGGGCAAAGGGUAUGGUGGAAGGUACUGCCGUUCCAACCACAACUGUGGCUGGUAUGGAAAAACGUACACCUGGUGUUACACUGAUUACAGUGGUACCUGGGACUACUGCUGCAGUACUGAUGAUAAGUACUCUGCUCUUAAUGGCAAGACCUGUAAACCUUCACAUCCAUGUGAUUAUCACUCUUAUAACUACCUUUGGUGCUACACCACAGAUGGGUCUUGGGAAUAUUGUUGUUCCUAGUGAUCCAUCUCUUUCAUUUCCACCAAGUUCAGUUUUUAAUAUAGUUCAUUCAUUCAUUAUAUUGUAAUUAUAAUAAACAAAAUUGUGAAAUCAAUGUUUGCUUAGAUUGGACAAUAUAAGCAGCUUGACUUUUAGAUGCAAAUUAGAUUUCAAACUUGAUGUUCAGACUUCAUAAAUGAGAAAAGAUGAACAUACAGUAGUGAAAGAAACCAGUGACUGUGAGUUAAUUUAGGGGAAAAAUCGGGGAAUAAUUAGUUGAUCGGCUACAGUUUUGUACGAUAUAUAGCCCUUGCUGUUCAGUCUUCUCAGAUCCGCUUGUCUAUGGGGUUGGUCAUGUGGAUGACUUUUCAGGGAUAACAAUUCCAUCUGUUAUCAACAUGAAAUUUCCUGUGGCCAUUUGUCUCGUAUGUUAUUUAUGUGUGUUUCACAUUCCUGAUUAGUAAAGGACAUAAAGGAUGAUGCAUUCUGUUGGAAACUGCCUGCACUUGCCAAUUAACAUGAUGAUAGUUAAUAAAUCAACGUAAACUCAUAAACAGGUUAUUUUAAAUUCACUAAAAAUGUUUUAUUGUGUUAAAAAACUACCUGUGGCUAACAAAAAAAUUCCAAAAAAGUCCAUUACGAACGUCAGAACCUGUUUCCUUCUGCUCAGCCCAGCUGAAAACUUUUAAUGCAAAUAAUGUUAAUUACAAGUCAUGUAGGAGUAGAACAGAAGUACAUUUGGUGGCAAAAAGAGACACCAACUGGCAACCCUAUGUUCAGUAUUUAAAGGGUAAUCUAUGUAAUGGGGUUUCUUGGCAAGACAAAGUUUUGAAAUAGUAGUUAGAAGUGAAAAUGUAAUAUAUGCCUCAAGCUAUAAAUGAAAUUUGCUUGUGUACAAUUAAUAAUAAAUGUAUACAUUUCAAUGGA